AUGCGAUCCGGAACGACAUCAUGUGACGACUACGCUGUUUGCGCAGGGCAUCAACGAUCGCCUGAUGAGCUUCCGCCUGCUCGACCGGGGAGGCACAUUCACCAGCGUCAUCAGCGUCUACGCCCCCCGAUGACCAGCCCCGACUCUGCAAGGAACAGAUGCUACGAGGACCUGCACGUCCUCCUGGCGACUGUGCCGAAGGCGGACAAGUUGAUUGUCCUUGGUGACUUCAACGCCCGCGUCGGCACAGACCAUUCUGCCUGGAGAGGAAUGCUGGGUCUUUAUGGUAUCGACGGCUCCAACGACAAUGACCGAGUCCACCUACGAACCUGCGCAGAAGACCGGCUCACCCUGACCAACACCUAA